AACUGCGUGAGGGAACUGAGAACGAGUUGAGCAGACAGAAAUAUGCAGAGCAGGAACUGGAACAGGCUGCAGACUGCACAGGAAGAGCAUCACACGGUGGAGGAGGAGAAGGUCAACCUGGAGCGGGAGAUGCGAAGCGAGAUUGAUGCAGCCAAGCAGGAGGCACAAAGACUACGAGAACUGCGUGAGGGAACUGAGAACGAGUUGAGCAGACAGAAAUAUGCAGAGCAGGAGCUGGAACAGGUGCGAAUGGCUCUGAAGAAGGCUGAGAGGGAGCUGGAGUUGAGGAGUGGCUGGGCUCCUCCUGAAGCUCUGCAGAAAUGGCUGCAGCUCACACACGAGGUGGAAGUGCAGUACUACAACAUUAAGAAACAGCAAGCAGAAAGACAGCUCAUAGUGGCUAAAGAAGGGGCAGAAAAAAUCAAGAAGAAGAGAGGAACACUCUUUGGGACGUUUCACGUGGCCCACAGCUCUUCACUGGACGAUGUUGAUCACAAAAUCCUCUCAGCCAAACAGGCUCUGGGAGAAGUGACUGCUGCUCUGAGAGAAAAGCUUCAUCGAUGGCAGCAAAUUGAGAUUCUGACGGGGUUUAAUAUUGUUAAUAACCCUGGCAUGUCGUCUCUGGCCUCUGCCCUCAACCUGGACCCUGUUUUCCUGGGCAUACGCCCCGCUGUACCCCAACACCUACUGCUAUCCGAUGACCUAGACGACAUGGAUGAGGACAUACUUUCCCCAGGAACCCUGCAAUAUGCCGCCUGGCAGAUGGAUCGGCGAGUGAGCGACCUUUGGCCCGUGGCUUCCGAGAGCCAAUCCCUGUGGAAACCAAUCCCUUCUGCUCCUAGCCUAAUGUCCCUGCGGCCACGACACGGAGACCCCACGCUGAACCUGAGCUCGCAGAGGGAUCUGAACCGGUCCGAAUCGGAUUCCUCCCUCUCGGUGUCUCAGUACGGAGACGCCCAGCGCUGCACCUCAACUCCACUCUAUAAUAAGCUGUCCAGAUCCAACAGUGGUUCCUCCACCAACAGCCCUCUGCUGCAGAAAAAGACCUUUGGCAUGGAGAAGUGUGCCAGUCUCGGAGAGAUCCACUCUCAGCCGUCUAGCCUCAACUCAGUCGACUCGAUGCGCUCUCUCAUCUACACCUCCGAGCAGGACGGCCCGUCAUCGCCUACAGGAAAGGGUGGUAACCGAAUCUCUCAGAUCACAGGCAAGAAGAUCCUGGUGGACGAGGACAGCGGCUCCAUAGGAGACGACACUGAAGGCUCCAGCACGGGCCGCAAGAAGCACACCUUUACCAAACUCUUCAAGAGGCCGAAGAAAUAACAGCAGUAUGGGGAAAUGCCAAACAUAACAGGACUAAGACUAGCACAAUGGUACUUUUUAACCUUGAAGCGUUUUAGUAAGAACAUGUAAUUUAUGUGGAAUUUUUUAUUUAUAUCGUAAUUGUGUUGACAGAAACAGUCAAUUGUUGGGAACAGGUAUGAUAUCACUGUACAUUUAUUUAUUACUAAAUUUUUGGUGUGAGAGUUUCUUCUGUUUUUAUUUGUAGUUAGCGUGAGCUGGAGCUUUCACUCUCAAAGCAAACACAUGCAAAGGCUUUCGGGACAUACAAAUGACUUCACCUACUCUAUGCUGUUGGUUUACAUAGGAUUUGCUUGGACUUCUUUCGUUUUCACAUGCAGCAGCCCAUCAUUGUGUCCCCCUGCUGAAAGCACACCACCGUAUGACCCAGUCCUUGUAUGCAGCAACUGUGCGCGUGUAUCGACGGAUGUUACUUGCUUUUGGAUUCUCCUUCUGUUAUCAAAAUCUGUUUUAAAAUGUUUUAAACUUGUUACUUCCUCACAGAGGAAAUAGGUGCCUUUCAUUUUAAGCAUUGCCAAAUGUUAAUGCAGUGAACUGCCUUUGUGUGAGCCACAGACAGGAAAUGUACUGUAGUUCUCGUCUCUGGCUUGUAACUACAUGCCUUUAACUUGAUUCAUGCUACAUGCCACUGAAGUCCUUUCAUACCCGAGAAGUAAUAAAAUAAGAUAUAAAAAGGGAGGGUAUUUUGCAAAUUAAAAGUUGUGUGCUGACAUAAACUGGGGAGUUUCUUUUCUUGACAAAAACGGUAAACGUUACAUUUUUAUAUAAAUGUUGUCAUUACUGUAUUAGCAAUUUUUUUUCACAUUCAAUUUUAAUUUUGGCAGUCUUCGUAAGGAAAUUUAAAGGCCAGCUUAUUAAUUGUAUUUUUAA